UGACAGGUGAGAGGAUGACGCUACGGUCAGCUUCAACUGAAGACAACGCCCGCCUAGACAUCGGUGCCAGUGGAGUCUGGGGAGGUCGGUACGAGCGUUCGUACUUUGAUGUCCGGGUUUUCAACCCCCACGCCCCCACCAACGCCAAGUUUGCCUUGCCCGCUGUGUACAAGCGACAUGAGCAGGAGAAGCGUCGCCGCUACGAGGAACGGAUCACCAACGUCGAGCACGCCUCCUUCUCACCAGUUGUCUUGUCCUGCACUGGAGGGUAUGGCAAAGCUGCGACAGCACUCUAUGCUCGGCUGGCAUCGAUGCUCGCCGACAAGAAGCAGGAGCCGUACGCUGCCACAAUGUCCUACAUCCGAUGUAAGCUCAGCUUUGCCCUCAUCCGUGCGGCUGUUGCCAGUCUGCGAGGCCAUCGGCACCGCGUGCCCUCAGAUGCAAAUGACUCGGCCCGAUUUGCGGUUGCCAUGAGCAGCAUCGGUUAAAGCUCCCUCCCGAGGCUCCGUACUAGACUGUUUUCACAGCCAUUUUUGCUCUCAGCCCUUUUUUGCUCUCUCGACUGUUUUCACAGCCAUUAAUUUUUUGCUCUCUCGACUGUCUUCACAGCCAUUUUUUGCUCGUUUUUCUUCCGGUGCUGUUGAGGUUGCACUCGUAAUUGUGUUUAUUUUGCCCGUUUAGCAAUGCGAAAUGACUUUUUCUCGAAGUUAUUUGAAUCUUGUAGU